AUGGCUGCCGCAGCGUCCAUCUACCCCCCGCUCAGGGAUCGCCCGAUCAAGAACACGGUCCUGCUCUUCGAUGUUGACGAGACGCUCUCCAAAGCGAGGAAGCUUGCGAAGCCGGAGAUGCUUCAACUGCUCUCUGAACUCCGCCACAAGGUCGCCAUCGGUUACGUAGGCGGAUCCAACCUUGUCAAGCAGCAAGAGCAGCUUGGCGGCACCGUCGAUGUUACUACGCUCUUCGACUUCUGCUUUUCCGAAAACGGUCUCACAGCGUACCGGUUGGGCCAGGAGCUUGCGAGCACAAGCUUCAUUGGCUGGAUCGGCGAGGAGAAGUAUAAGCAACUGGUGAAGUGGUAUGUUUCAGUCUUACGUUGUUAUAUGAGGGAGAAUGAGGCUGAUAUAAAGGCGUCUAGGAUCCUCCACUACAUCGCCGACCUCGACAUUCCCAUCAAGCGCGGUACUUUCAUCGAGUUCCGCAACGGCAUGAUCAACGUCUCCCCCAUCGGCCGUAACGCGUCCGGCGACGAGCGCAACGAGUACGAGAAAUACGACAAGGCCAACAACAUCCGCACAACCAUGAUCUCCAAGCUUAAGGAGGCAUUCCCCGACCUCGGCCUCACCUACUCCGUCGGCGGCCAGAUCUCGUUCGACGUCUUCCCCACUGGCUGGGACAAGACAUACUGCCUGCGUCACAUCGAGGCCGAUAAGGAGAGGGAGGAUGGCGUCGAGUACAAGGUUAUUCACUUCUUUGGAGAUAAGGCGUACGAGGGCGGAAACGACUGGGAAAUCUACAGCGAUCCCAGGACGAUUGGACACGCGGUGAAGGAUCCUGAGGAUACGUACAGGCAGUUGAAGGAGCUAUUCUUCUCUUGA